UGAUCAUUUUAAAACGUAAAAAAAAGCGCAAUCAAUCAUCUAAGAAUGUAAAACUUUGUUCAAGAAAACAAAUUUGUUUUCGUAAGAAGAAACCAGUAAUUCAAUAUAAUUAAUGUGAGUUACUUCUUCAUCUGAGAUAUUUCAAAUACAAUUGAGAUUUUCUUUAAGAAGUUAUCAAAAUAAAGAAUAUUUCCACGACAAAAGAAUAUUUAUAAAACGAAAUAUCCAAUAAAACACAAAUGGCGUUUUUGUUCUAAAUAUCAUUUAAUUGAUCCCUUUAUUCUGCUAUUUGCUUAAUCUAGUUUCCUCGUAAAAAUAUUCUCCAUUCUUCCUCAUUAUAAAUACUUUUUUAUCGAUAUUUGUGAAGAGCUUUAAAUAUUUGUUAACAAGUGUGGCACAAUUUGUAAUAUUUAAUAUCUUCUCUUACAACUUUUUAUUGUAAAAUAAACAAAGUAUACCGAUCUUUCAACGUUCGUUUUCGACCGAUUUCGAACAAAAUAUAUAUUUUUUUUCCCUCCCCUCCUCCCAGAAAAUAUAUAUUCAUGAUCCUUUUCACGAAUCAUCCUGUAACAUCCACUUACUCAACUCAACUCCACGCCCUCCAACCAACUCCUCCAAAACGAUCUUUUCGACAUCAAUCAGCCUCGACCCGAUAUUAAGCUCCGAGAGAGGUAUCAUUAACUAGUCGGCAACCGUUUUGUUUCCUUCCUUCGAAAAACUUCGAGCCAGUUCUAUCGAUCUUGAACUACUUGUAACCGGAACGUCCUCCUCGAGAGAUGACGUAGUCGAAACCGAAGGAUUGCACAAGUGGGUUGCAUGUGCACACACGUGCCCCGAAAGAAUCGGUUUCCCAUGGAGUCGAGCUGUUCGAAGGCGUGUCGUGCGGAAUAUCGUCCAUUUCUCUUCAACGACCUUAUCAACGUCUUCCUCUAAAGAAUCGAGUUUAAAUAAACCGAGAGUGGCUCAGCCAGGAAGACGACGACGACGACGACGACGACGACGAGGACGAGGAGGGGCACUCGAAACAGACGUAUAUAGAGGUUUUCUAGCCGUGUCGCUCAGUCAUAACACCUUCAGCCCUCGUCCAACGUGUUUUUCGUAUCGAUUUGAAUUUGAUUAUCGUUCGAUAAGGGCAAGAUGGGGAUCGUUCCCUCCUUCAUCAUUCUCGUUUGUGUAUUCGCAUUCGGCAGAAGUGCCAUCGAAUUCCCGGAAUCGAAAUCAACUACAAAACUGCCGUUAAACAGCCCCUCGAUCGAGGAUAAUGACAAAGAUUUAAUCACUUCUGCCAGCGAUCGAACGUUUCACAUUAGCAAAGAAUAUGGGCAACCUGGAGGGUAUGGAGGAAAUGGCCCAUAUGGAAGUUACCUUGGUCUUAGCGGUUCGAUUUAUGGCCCUGGUACUGCGUAUCGUGGAACAAGCUGGAGCCCAGGAUACCUAAAUCCGAGCUAUGGAGGUUAUUCAGCGGGUGGCUAUCCAGGUGGAAUUAUUGGGGGAGGCCAUAUAGGAUAUGGCUAUUAUGGAAAUCCUGGAUAUAACAGUGGUUAUGGUGGUUACGGUGGAUACGGUGGAUACGGUGGAUACAACAGUGGAUAUGGAAGCACAUUAGGCUAUGGCGGUUAUGGCGGUGGGUAUACACCUGGUUACAGUGUCUAUGAUGGAUAUCUUGGUUACGGAAGAGGUAACUACGGAUACGGAACAGGAUAUAGCGGAUAUGGAACAGGAUAUAACGGAGGAUCAAGUUAUGGAUCAUCGUACAAUUUGAGAAACGAUCCAUAUGGAUAUCGUAGCACUAAUUAUGGAAAUUAUGCCGGUUAUCCAUCCGGUUACAGAGGUUAUUCUUAAAGUUUAUCUUUGAGAAUUGAAGAGAAAGUGAAUUGUAAUAUUUUUUUUACAAUAUUUUUUUCAUCGAAGAUAUUGCAAGAAAACAUAACAACAGUAUUUACCAAUACCAGUUUAACUAUGUAUAUUAGUUUAUUAAUCUUUUAAUUAACUUGAUAGAUUGUAAUUUUGUAUUCGUGUCAAUAAUUUUAUGUAAUUUAUGUAUUAAUUUAUGUAUAAUAAUUAAUAAUAAUGAAUAAAAUUAUGAUUCGUUUAGAGUUAUGAGAA